AUGGGCAUAAAGAGCUGUCCCCUCUGUGAAAUUAACGGUCAACCCGACUGUCUAGAACUCAUAGAUCACGUCCUGGAGCACGUUCACGACUUCUCACUCCGGUCUCUUCCAUGGCCCAGAUCCUCAGAGGUUGAUAUGGGCGGUGAAGUCGGGUAUUUCAACCUAGAACGCGGCGAGCCUGCUGCUAUCACCGAGUGGUUGGAUGCUUAUGAACAUGAGAUGGGGAAUAUUGACCCUACAUUGAAGUUAACCACCUGCGACUAUGGAAGAUUGGCUAUCAUGACCGAGCAGAUGAGCUCUGAUGGAAAGGAUAAGCUCGGCCUUGAUAUCGGCUUUGCUGACGAGCACGACGGUGAAUCUGCUGAGGCCGAGACUGAUAUUUCGCAGCUUACAAAAGAGACUCUUGAAUCGGUGAAACAGGCCCGUGAUGUGGUCUUUUGCCAUCAAUGCGAGGCUAGAUGGUAUAGAGAUGUAGAUGGAAUGCAGUGUCCCAAAUGUCAAAGCGAGUUUGUCGAAAUUAUUGAGCCAGAAAGUAGCUCUGAGAGUUCGGAUCUUCUCGGAACUGUUAUGAGGCCUGGCUUCGCUACGGUAGAUAGUCGUAGUAGAUACAGUGAAGACAGCAGGCAUUCAAGCGACGCCACAGGCUCCAAACCAAACACUCAGGAGUCUACCUCCGGCUUUCGAAGGCUCACUAAGCGCUUCUUCUCCCGCAAAAAGGCCGAUAACACUGAACCGCAGAAGCACAUAUCAGAAGCCACUAACAACUUGAUCCGAUUUCUCGGUUUGGACGAAAAGUCUGUAGCGAACCAGAAGGACUGGAAGAUCCUGAUCAGCAUUUACCAUAGGCGGUUAGAGUCACCUACGAACACACAGUCUAUGUUUGCAAAUUUCAUCAGAGAUGUUCAACAUGAAGACAUUCCGGAAGACUGUCGACCAGUAUCUGAUUUACAUGGCUUCUUAGUAGCUAUGACCAAGUUCUAUUUGAAUCCUUUGAAACAUCUACCGCCGAAGGACCUUACGAAACCUAUAUCAAACUACUUUAUCAACAGCAGCCAUCGGACUCUCAUAAAUACCUUGAUAAAUUCUCGCAACGCUGGUGAUGCAAUAAAAGUAGCCCUCUUUCUUGGGUAUCGAUCUAUUGAUUUGGAUAUCUGGAAUGGUACUACUGAUACAGAGCAGCGAGACUCUCAAGUAGAACAGCCGCGAGAAUCCAAACCUGCGCAGACUGUCAAGACAUUUACUAGGCUUUUAGGUCCUAACAGAGAAAGCAAUGCACCAAAGCCUGUGGAUCUGAAGACCGGCGUUUCCCAACGGGGUCAUAUGAAUUCCCCUGCAGAACCAAUCGUCACAGAUGGCUAUACUCUUAUGACGCCCUGCGGCUUCAGGGAAGCCUGUCAAUUGAUCAGAGACUUUGCCUUUGUUGGGACUGAUCUGCCUCUGAUCGUCAACCUCGAGGUCCACGCAGACUCUAGACAGCAAGAGUUGAUGGUUAAGAUCAUGACCGAAGAGUGGCACGAUAUUCUGCUUGAUAGGCCACUUGAGGCCUGCGACCCACGAUUUCAGCUACCAACGCUCGAAGACCUCCAAGGUCGGAUUCUUAUAAGACUCGGAAGCUUUACAAGUAAUUUUGCUCGCAGCAAUGAUAAAGCCGACGACGGUCUGCCGGGCGAGAGUGAUCACAAGGCAGCGCGAGUCGCCAUCAUACAGCCGCUGGCCGAGCUAGGAGUUUACAUGCGACGCGAGCGAUUUGAGAAUUUCGAUACUCCGCGGACAAAGUCCCCUACUCACCUCUUCUCCAUGCAGGAAGACAAGGUGCAGGACCUCAUUUCAACAUCUGCCACCGAGCUUUUCAGACACAACCAACACUACUUUUUUCGUGUCUAUCCGAGCCAAGCGAGACAAGGUACUUCAAACCUUGAUCCCUUACGCUUUUGGAGAUACGGCAUUCAAAUGGCUGGAAUCGUCAGUCAUAACGUCGAUGAGGGCAUGAUGUUGAAUGAGGGAAUGUUCGCUGAUGAGUCAGGGUGGGUUCUGAAACCCGACAGCUAUCGAAGCUCAAAAAUGGACACAUCAAACGACCUUGAAGCAGGUCCAAGGAAAAGCCUUGAUUUGUCUAUAUUCGCUUUCAAAGAUCAGGAGUUCAUGACCAGUACCGGCCGAGAAAUCAAGAACCUGGCGUCAUUUAUGAUAGUCUCGCUUCACAUUAAUGACGAGGAAAAGCCUCGCAUACCACGACAAGAACUAAACACCACAGAAAAUGAAUCAGGGGCUUUAGGAUAUAACCUCAACUUCCUUGUUACAAGGGCAGAGGCUACUAUUAUUCCGAAACUCUGCAUCCUCAGGUGA